CCAUCAAACCAACUACAUAUUUCUUUCCCACAAGUAAGCAAAUUGGACGGUCAUAUGAGCCCCUUAUUUUGACUUUGAUGAUAACAAAAAGGGUCAUCUCCUCCAACAACACCCACUCUUAACACUCUCACUGCAACUCUCUGUUCUCAAUGACUCUUGCUUGUAUUCAAUCUCUUUGUAAAGCCCCCACCUUUCUUCUCCCUUCAACUUUUCUGGGUUCCUCUUAUUUCUUGCAGAGUCCCCAAGCAAACUCAUUUUCAAGAAACAGAGACUCCAAGUAUUACAUAGACAGAAGGAUUGGCAAUAAAAAAACAAGAGGUGGGAUUGUCUGUGGGGUGCUUUUCCCAGUUGAUCCAUGGGCACCCAGCAUUGAUUCACAGAGCAUAGCUUCACAGCUCUUUGCAGCCUCCUUGUUUCCCUACCUUGGUUUCUUGUACUUCAUCACCAAAUCCAAGUCUGCCCCAAAGCUCACCCUUUUUGGGUUCUACUUCUUGCUAGCUUUUGUGGGGGCCACCAUCCCUGCUGGAAUUUAUGCAAAGGUGAAAUAUGGCACUUCAUUGGCGAAUGUCGAUUGGUUACAUGGUGAGGCUGAGGCACUUCUCACUCUAACCAACAUAUUCAUUGUGUUGGGGUUGAGAAGAGCCCUCAGAAAAGCUGAAGAUGCAAAAGCAAGAACAUCAACUCCUAUAUCAGGGUUGAAGGAGGAGAAGAAAACUUCUGUUUAGGUGCAGUAGACAGAUUUUGCUCUGGGUUCUUUCUUAACGCGUUUUAUUUCUAUGUUAGAUUUGAAGUCUUUAACUCUUUUUCUUCUGCUUUGUUACAAUCCACUAUUGCCCAUGCCUAAUAUCUCUGCAGUCAUGUUUUCCGCUGUUCCCUUGAGAAGCCAUAGUCUCUCAUUUACUGUAUGUAAAGUCGCAACAUUUCAAUUGUUUUUUUAGCUGAGUCUUGAAAUGUUGGGUAAUUGUCCAAUCUAGAAUCAUAUAUAUUGUUUAUAUUCCUUUUUUA